AAAUGUCUGCACAACUGGCGGAUUUCUUGAAGGACAAUCGAAAGGUAAAUCAACUUGAUGCUUCAUCAAUUGGAUUUACCGCCGCUUUAGACGUCGAUGCCAAAAAUGAAGUCGACAUUGACGAAGCAGCAGAAGAAGGCUUUAAGACAGAAUUCACAAGAUUGGUUUCGGCGAGAAGUAUCGAGUGCAUACUAGCUAGUAAUCACGCUGCGUCCAGUGAUGUACUUCGAUUUGAUCCGAAGGAAAUCGGUGUGCCCAAGAUCUUCCGUGAGAAAGACAAGGGUGUGGAUUCUUGGUGUGAUUACAUGAACGAUAUGACAGUAUUGAAACCAAAAGCAAUCGCAACCCACAAAAAACGAAAUCCAGAUGGAAAUGUAAAAGAAUCUCGAGCGAGAAAUCUAAGGAAUUCUUUCAUCGAUGUCACUGAGGGAUUAAAGAAAUUCUCGCAAUCUUCGGAUCAGCUUAUUAGGGGUCGCGAUUACCUAUCGUCUCGUACCUCAAAGCGUAGUAGGUUACAAAAGACUCAAGGAAUAAAUCAUGAUGAUGUGGAUGUGAGUAGCAUCGAUGAAGCUACAGAUGAAAAUGACCUUGCAGACUCAAGGUCUCAAAAUUCUGAAACAUCAGGGGAGGACGAAUCCAGUCCUGUAGAUAGUAACUUCACUUUGGAGGACGACGUGCUCGCGGUGAUAAUGAACUAUACUCCCACGUGA